ACACACAAUUUCUCUCUCUCUCACACACUCUCUUUCCCUCGCGCGACGGAGUAGAAACGGCGAACACACGGUGGUGGAAGUAAACACAACACAAUGGGAGAUUAUCACUUCAUAUACAAAGAUCUAGAAGGUUCCUCAACUCAAUGGGAUGAUAUUCAAGCCAAACUCGGCAAUCUUCCUCCUAAGCAACCAGCUUUCAAACCGGCACCUUUCUCCCCUGCUACUGAUCCUGAUUCCAUUCCCAAGGAUAAAUCAUGGAUCGAUUCCAAAACCCAUGAUGAACUUGAAGACCUUGAAGAUGAUCUUGAUGAUGAUCGCUUCCUCCAAGAAUACAGGAAAAAGAGGUUAGCUGAGAUACAAGAGGCAGCCAAAGUUUUGAGGUAUGGAUCAGUGACUCCCAUUUCAGGAUCUGAUUUCGUUCGAGAAGUUUCGCAGGCUCCAUCUGAUGUUUGGGUGGUUGUCAUUCUUUACAAAGAUGGGAUUCCCGAAUGUGGGGUGUUGAUGCAAUGCAUUGAAGAACUGGCUACAAUGUAUCCUGCAACAAAAUUUGUGAAGAUAAUAUCCACUGAUUGCAUUCCUAACUACCCGGAUUGUAAUCUUCCUACUUUGUUGGUUUACAAUAAUGGAGCUGUUAAGGGAAAUUAUGUGGGCAUGAAAAGGUUUGGCCGAAGAUGCACUCCUGAAGGUGUUGCAUUGAUCCUGUGUCAAUCAGAUCCUGUACUUAACGAUGGCCAGAGCAGAGAUGAGGAAUCAAGACAAGCCGUCAUUGAUGGAGUUCGUAAGAGGUUUAUUGAAAAAGUUGUAGCUGAUCAUGAAGAGAAGGAUGACGAUUCUUCAAGCGAUUAGCAUUUUUGCUUAUCUUUGCUGUCCUUUUUUUCUUUCCUUUCCUUUCCUUUUUGGAUACAUGUUUUUCUUUAAGAGAUGUUUCUAUUUGAUGAAGUGAAACAAUACAUUUGUGGGGUUUUGUUCCUUCCACAACUUUGCUCCCCGAAAGAAUCUUGUGUGUAGUGGGAUAAGAUUUCAUCUUUGUAAUCAGAGUAAUUUCUAGCUUAAAGUUAAAAAUGUAGUUUGAAGUGCGAUUUUCCAUUUGCUAGACCAUAGAUUGUAAACUACUUUCAGUUUGCAUUCAGAUCUUUGCUUUAA